UAUGCCGGCGACGUAAUUGACUGCGCAGCCGGGUCGCUGAAGGCGUGGCUUGUACCGCUGCUGCUUCUCUGCAGAAUGGCCAGCGACUUAUUAAGAGCGGCGCAUGCUCAGCUGGAGAAGCGUCACUUAGCCGAGGCGGAGGCGCUUUAUGAACGGGUGAUUAAAAGCUGUGCCCGGGACAGGAAAUGCAGCAUCGAAGAUCUUGCCGUCGCUUUCAAUAACCGGGGACAGAUCAAGUAUUUCCGAGUGGACUUCUAUGAAGCGAUGGAUGACUACACAGAAGCCAUCAGAGUAAAUCCAAAUUUUGAAGUCCCGUACUACAACAGAGGUUUAAUUUUGUACCGCCUCGGAUUUUUUGAUGAAGCCAUCAAAGAUUUCCAGAAAGUAUUACAACUCAACCCUAAAUUUGAGGAAGCAAAGAUAAGUCUGAAACAGUCUGUCCUGGACAAUGAGGAAAAGAGGAGACGCGUUGCGGGGAUCUAACGCAGCCGCUGAACAUACGCGGAACACAAGAUAAUUUAUCGAUCGCUUUCUGAUGAAAAAUACCAGAAUAUGAGAAAUGAUAUCGGGUGGAAUAUGACAUAACUAAUUAGAAAUGCAAUUCAGUUAAAUAAUCACAUUUUUGGGCUGAUAAGUGAAUUUAAUGUAUUUCUGAUUGCUGCCUGCACCUACCUCUUAAUAUGACGUAUUAUCUCAGGAAUUUAUUACAUGCACCGCGAGGGCUGUUAGGAAGUACAUCCCACGCUGAUUCCUAUCCGGACCAAGUUCCCUGCUGACGGGAGAAGUUCGCUGUCCGAGUCGUGCCGUUGUUUUAAUAGUGUCCGCGUCUGCCCCCCGCGUGGGACCCUGAUGAGUGUUCGAUGUGAGAUUACGUCUGUCGCCAGCGUUAAUGGAUUUCACCGGAUCCAACCAAUUCAUGCUUUAGUGAAUUUAAUCCUAAAUGUGAUUGCUCUAGAAGGUCCCAUCUGCUGAUUAUUGUGAAAGUGGGUAAGGUUUUCCAGAAGACAGAAAACGUGCCGUUUUAGCUGCCUUCCCAAUAAAAGGAUGUUAGAAGUCGAUAAA